AUGUUCUCCAAAUUCGCUGCCUACAUCAGAGGCCACGAAACGGUGCCCGGGGAGACUAAACUCCUGCGCAAGCUCGAUGCAGUGAUUCUCAGUUUCUGUUGUCUCUGCUACUUCGUCAAUUACCUCGAUCGGACGAACUUGAACAAUGCCUACGUCUCCGGAAUGCGGGAAGAGCUCAACUUCCACGGCAACCAGUUGAAUCAAAUUAAUACCGUUUUCACGGUUGGCUACAUCGUGGGACAGGUCCCGAGCAAUCUUGCACUCACCUUCGUGAGCCCUCGGUUGUUUUUUCCCGCGGUCAUGAUCAUCUGGGGAGGCCUGACGAUGAUCACCGCUGCAGUGCAUAACCCUCAAGGUAUAAUGGCCAUUCGGUUCUUCCUGGGACUGGCAGAAAGCAGCACCUUUGUAGGGACCCACUACAUCUUGGGAUCCUGGUACACGGAAAAAGAGCUAGGGAAACGCAGCGGAAUCUUCACUGCUUCGGGUCUUGCAGGAACCAUGUUCGGCGGGUUCAUCCAAACGGGCAUCCAUUCGUCCAUGGACGGGAUGCAGGGCUUAUCCGGCUGGCGAUGGCUGUUCAUUAUUGACGGCUUGAUCACGAUACCAAUCGCCAUCUACGGCUUCAUCGUUUUCCCCGACACGCCGACCACGACGAAAGCGAGAUACCUAACUGCGGAAGAAAAGGCCCUGGCGGUAGCGCGGAUCCCGGAGUCCGGGGCCGUCAAGGUACCUCUGAACUGGGCGUUCCUGAAGAGCGUUUUCCUCCAGUGGUACUGGUGGGCCUUUGUGCUGCUGUGGAUCAUCGCUGGCGAGACCGAGUCCUUCUCCACGAAUGCUCUCCUCUCCCUAUACCUGCAGUCGCACCCGACCAACUCAUACACAGUCUCGCAGUUGAACAACUACCCGACUGGUGUUCCGGCUGUUGGAAUUCUAUCGACCUUGUUUUGGGCGACCUUGACCGACUUUAUGGGAGGGAAAAGGUACCUGGUCGGGUACUUCAUCGCAAUUACCGGCGUUGUCACGUCGGCCAUGAUCCUGGCCUGCUUCGACUCCACGGCCACAGUGAUGGGCGCCUAUUACUGGGCUGGAGCUGUGUACGCGUGCCAGGCAACAUUCUUCGCCUGGUGCAACGACGCGAUGCGAUACAAGGACGAGCGUUUGCGGUCGGUGGUUAUAGCUUCGAUGAAUAUGGGCAGUAACGCGGUGAACGCUUGGUGGAGCAUUAUCUUCUACUCGGCAGAUAUGGCGCCGAAGUUCACGAAGGGUAUGUGGGCGAUGGUUGGAGUGUCGAUAGCUUUGGUGUUUGUGACGGCGGGCAUCACCUUCUUGUCAGUGCGCGAGGAGAAGAAGCAGGUUGAUCGGGACGUGCGCGUGAUGGAUCUUCAUCUGCAGGAGAAGGAGGUAGUCACGGAAGCCUAG